AUGCGUUUCAGUGUGGGAAUUGCGUUCCUUCUCGGCCAGGCUAUGGCCUCACCUCACUCGCUUCAGCAACUCCAGCAAAGACAAGGCAAGAAAGACUGCCCACCAAUUCAUAUAUUUGGAGCGCGAGAGACUACGGCACCGCCGGGUUUUGGUGCCGCGGCUGGCAUCGUCGACGACCUCACCAAGGCAAAUCAAGGGGCCACGAACGAGGCCAUCAACUAUCCCGCAUGUGGAGGGUCGUCAGACUGUUUGGGAAUCAGCUACGCGGACUCGGUGAAGAAUGGGACGGCGGCUGUUGCCACGGCCGUGAACGACUUCAACAAGAAGUGCCCCAAGACGAAGAUUGUCAUGCUGGGGUUCUCUCAGGGUGCUCAAAUCAUGGACAACGCGUACUGCGGUGGUGGAGACAGCAUUGAAGGGGUCAAGGACGUCAAUGUUCUCAUCUCCAAUGAGGCACUCGGCGCGGUGAAAGUCGCCAUCUUCAUGGGUGACCCACGUUACGUCGCUGGCCUUCCUUACGAGGUUGGCACAUGCAAAACGCAAGGGUUUGCACCACGACCUCAGGGGUUUCAAUGCCCGAACGGAGGCAACAUCAAGUCAUUCUGUGAUUCAGCAGACCCGUUUUGCUGCAACGGCAAUGAUCCCGUUGCUCAUCUACAGUAUCCCAGCAUCUACGGCGACCAGAUUAAACAGUUUGUGAGCGACAAACUAAAAUAG